UGGGGUCUGCCGCCGUCUGCGUAGCUCAGCCCUAUCGAUAGCGUCGCAUCGGCAGCAUCUUCGAAACUUUUUGGCCCUCUGCACCGCUCGCUCGCUCGCCCGCCCGCCCGCUCGCCCGUCCACCCACGCCGUCGCGCCGCCACGCCGCCAUGAAGAUUUCAAACUCGGCCGUGCCCGUCUACACCAUCAGCGGCAGCGAGGCGCGUCCGCUGCCCGAGUGGCUCGUCCGCCGCCGGAAGCGCAGCCUGAAAAACGACGCCGAGUUUGCGAACCGCGUCGAGCUGCUGCAGGACUUUGGCUUCGACGAGGCCAGCCAGUGCGUGCGCGUCAGCGACGACGGCGACUGGGUCAUGUCCACGGGCACGUACAAGCCGCAGAUCCACGCGCACUACCUGCCGCACCUGUCGCUCUCCUUUGCCCGGCACACCAACACCCUCAACGAGACGUUCCGCCUGCUGUCGACCGACUACACCAAGAGCGUCCACCUGCAGGCCGACCGUGUCAUCGAGCUGCACACCGCGGGAGGGCUGCACCACGCCACCCGCAUCCCGCGCUACGGCCGCGACCUGGUCUACGACAGGCGCUCCGCCGAGUGUCUGGUGCCGGCCGUGGGCGUCAACGCCGAGGGGCUGGGCGAGGCCUUCCGUCUCAACCUCGAGGUCGGCCGGUUCAUGCGCAGCUACGAAAUCGACGUCGGCGGCGACGACCUGCUGGCGCCGGCCUCGCUCCAGGGCGCCGUCGACGCGGGCGCAGUCAACACGGCGGCCAUUGCCGAGGACAGCCACAACCUGCUGGCCUUUGGCACAUCGCUGGGCACCGUCGAGUUCUGGGACUCGCGGUCGCGGAACAGGGUCGGCAUCCUGUCCGCGCCGCAGGACGCAUUCGAGGGGCGCUCCGAGGUCACCGCGCUCGCGUUCCCGCGCUCGGGCCUGAACCUCGCCGUCGGAAACUCGACCGGUCUCGUGCACGUCUACGACGUGCGGUCGCCCACGCCGCUGCUGAAAAAGGACCAGGGCUACGGCUUCGCGGUCAAGAACAUCAUCUACCUCGAGAGCAGCACGCGCUCCCGCGGCCACGUCGUCGCCGAGCCCAAGAUCCUCACCGCCGACAAGCGCAUCAUCAAGAUCUGGGACCCCGCCAACGGCACCCCGUGGACCUCGGUCGAGCCCGCCGUUGACCUGAACCACGUCGAGUGGGUCAAGGACUCGGGCAUGCUCCUCACCGCCAACGAGGGGAAGCAGCAGCACGCCUUCUUCGUCCCCCAGCUCGGCCCCGCCCCGAAAUGGUGUGCCUUUCUCGACAACAUUGUCGAGGAAAUGGCCGAAGACCCCAGCGACCCCUCGGCGUUUGGUGCCGGCGCCGCCGGCCAGGUCUACGACAACUUCAAGUUCCUCACCACCGCCCAGCUCAAGACGCUCAGCCUCGACCACCUCAUCGGCACCACCAGCCUGCUGCGCCCGUACAUGCACGGCUACUUUGUCGCCCAGAAGCUGUACGAAGAGGCAAAGCUCAUCUCCAACCCGGACAUGUGGCAGGAGCAGCGCGCCAAGUCGGUGGCCGACAAGAUCAACAAGGAGCGCGAGUCGCGCAUCCGCGGCAGCAAAAAAGUCGCCGUCCGCGUCAACCAGGCGCUUGCCGAGAAGAUGCGCGCCCGCGAGGAAGAAAAGGAGCGCCGUCGCGCAAAGCGCGUGCUCAAAAGGGGCGGCGACGGCGACGACGGCGGCGACACGCUCGACGCCGGCGCUGCCGUCGAUGCGCCAGAGAAGCCCGCCGGCCUGCUCGCCGACACCCGCUUCGCGCGCCUCUUCCAAGACGACGACUUUGAGGUUGACGAGCAGUCGCACGAGUUCCAGGCCAUCAACCCCAGCACCCGCGUCCCCAAGGGCCCCACCCGCAUCCCCAAGGGCCUCACAGCCGCCGAGCAGGAAGCCCUCGACCCCGCGCGCGGCAGCGGCAGCGACAGCGGCAGCGACACGUCCGACGCCGCCGACUCGGACGCCGAGUUCGCGGGCCGCCCCGUCCGCAACCCGCCCGCCGACUCGCGCAUCUCAUCGUCGUCGUACCGCAAAGCCGGGCAUAACAAUCCCAUGCUGCCGCCCGCAAAGGCGCCCACGAUGCGCGUCUCGCACUCGACCACCAAGAAACACGCGCCCAAGGCCGACAAGACGUUUGCCGCCCGCGUCUCAAAGCUCAAGGACCGUGCGCCCAAGCACUCGACUACUACGGUUGUUGGCGAGCGGGAAAUCACCUUUGCGCCCGAGGUCAAGAAGAAGAAGACGCAGGCUGGGGGCGCGGCGCAGCGACACGAUCGGAGAAAGGAGAAGAACAUCAGGAGUGCGAGUGGGAAUGCGUUUAGAGGCUUGUGAGGAACCCGUACAUGUAGGAAGAAAGGAAUCAUGAUACCCAACCCGUUGUU